AUGGAUAAUGAUGUGGAGGGUGGGAAUCUGGGGCCUUAUCAGGAAAAGCCGAGGACAUUCCCGAACAUGCGUACUAAACCUUACACACCUCUUAUCUUCCACCUAAUUAUGAGAAUAAAUAUUCGUGUUCUUAUGGUGCUCCUGCUUGUUGGAGUCUGUGCUCUGGUCUACAUUGGUGCUAGUACAUCACCAAUUAUUGUGUUUGUAUACUCGGUAUGCGUUAUCAGCUUUCUCGUGUCUAUAUAUCUCACGAAGUGGGUACUCGCUAAGGAUGAGGGGCCCCCUGAGAUGGUGCAGAUAUCAGAUGCUAUACGUGAUGGUGCUGAAGGUUUCUUUCGGACCCAAUAUGGAACUAUCUCAAAGAUGGCUGUUUUACUUGGACUAGUUAUUCUUAGCAUAUAUCUGUUUCGCAGUACAACUCCUCAGCAAGAAUCUUCUGGUCUGGGAAGGGCAACAUCAGCUUAUAUUACUGUUGCUUCUUUUCUUCUUGGGGCUCUAUGUUCUGGUGUUGCUGGCUAUGUAGGGAUGUGGGUUUCAGUACGUGCUAAUGUUCGAGUUUCAAGUGCAGCAAGAAGAUCUGCAAGAGAGGCAUUACAGAUUGCUGUUCGCGCUGGUGGCUUUUCUGCUUUGGUAGUUGUUGGAAUGGCUGUCAUUGGUAUUGCUAUUCUUUAUGCGACCUUCUACGUCUGGUUGGGGGUCGAUUCGCCUGGUGCCAUGAAGGUUACCGACUUACCUCUUCUUCUUGUUGGAUAUGGUUUUGGGGCCUCAUUCGUUGCACUUUUUGCCCAGUUGGGCGGUGGGAUAUAUACAAAAGCAGCUGAUGUUGGAGCUGACCUCGUUGGAAAAGUGGAGCAAGGUAUUCCUGAAGACGAUCCACGAAAUCCUGCUGUCAUUGCCGAUUUGGUUGGCGACAAUGUCGGUGACUGUGCUGCGCGAGGUGCUGAUCUGUUUGAAAGUAUUGCUGCAGAAAUUAUUAGUGCAAUGAUUCUAGGUGGAACAAUGGCUCAACGGUGUAAGAUUGAAGAUCCAUCGGGUUUCAUUUUGUUUCCUCUUGUUGUCCACUCAUUUGACCUGAUAAUAUCAUCGAUUGGAAUCUUUUCCAUUCGAAAUACUCGCGACUCUGGAAAGAUUGGGGUUAUAGAGGACCCAAUGACAAUACUUCAGAAAGGGUAUUCCGUGACGAUACUUUUAGCUGUUCUGACAUUUGGUGUGUCCACACGCUGGAUGUUGUAUACUGAACAAGCACCUUCUGCUUGGUUGAACUUUGCUUUAUGUGGUUUGGUUGGUAUUAUGACGGCGUAUAUCUUUGUGUGGAUAACAAAAUACUACACUGAUUACAAGCAUGAGCCAGUUCGCUCGUUAGCACUUUCUAGCUCCACCGGACAUGGAACUAACAUAAUUGCUGGAGUUAGUCUCGGACUUGAGUCGACAGCUCUUCCCGUUCUUGUCAUAAGCGUAUCAAUUAUAUCUGCAUAUUGGCUGGGCCAUAGUUCAGGACUAGUUGAUGAGUCUGGAAGUCCAACUGGUGGGUUGUUUGGGACGGCCGUUGCAACAAUGGGGAUGCUCAGCACAGCAGCUUAUGUACUCACAAUGGAUAUGUUUGGCCCUAUUGCUGAUAAUGCUGGUGGAAUUGUUGAAAUGAGUCAGCAGCCUGAAAGUGUGCGUGAAAUUACUGACGUACUUGAUGCGGUUGGUAAUACUACGAAAGCUACUACCAAAGGCUUUGCAAUUGGAUCUGCUGCACUUGCAUCUUUUCUUCUGUUCAGUGCUUACAUGGAUGAAGUAGCUUCCUUUGCCCAUGUACCCUUCAAUCAGGUUGACAUUGCCAUCCCUGAAGUGUUUGUCGGUGGAUUAUUGGGAUCUAUGCUUAUAUUUCUGUUCAGUGCAUGGGCUUGUGCAGCUGUUGGCAGAAGUGCUCAGGAGGUAGUUAAUGAAGUAAGAAGACAGUUCAUCGAGAGGCCAGGAAUUAUGGAUUAUAAGGAGAAACCUGAUUAUGGUCGUUGUGUAUCUAUUGUUGCAUCCGCGUCUCUAAGGGAGAUGAUUAAGCCUGGAGCAUUGGCCAUUAUAUCACCCAUAGUUGUUGGUUUUCUGUUCCGGGUGCUCGGCUACUAUACAGGUCAUCCUCUGCUUGGGGCAAAAGUUGUGGCUGCCAUGUUGAUGUUUGCUACUGUUUCGGGCAUCUUAAUGGCCCUAUUUCUAAACACUGCUGGAGGUGCCUGGGAUAAUGCUAAGAAGUACAUCGAGACAGGCGCUCUUGGAGGCAAAGGGAGUGAUUGUCACAAAGCAGCAGUUACUGGCGACACCGUGGGCGACCCGUUUAAAGACACUGCAGGUCCAUCCCUUCAUGUUCUCAUCAAAAUGUUGGCUACAAUAACUCUGGUGAUGGCUCCUGUGUUUCUGUGA